CAUUAUUAUUUUUGAUUUAUGUUACAAAAAUUUAUUAUUCUCAUCUUCGUGCUUCUCAGUGGUUCUUUUUUGCUUCGCCGAAUUCGCUUUUCGGCGUCUCAGAAUUUCGAAGGGAUCAUGAAUCCGGAUUUUGAAUUCUUCUGUGGCUUGGUUGUGUUUGUCAUGAACAUUACUUCAGUUUGGCUAUGUUUGUGAGUUGAAGGUAGUGUAGUGGUGGCGGUCGGUCAGUGAUGACGCCUGACGAUAUUGGACAAGCAUGUCAUGAGGGUGAGGGGGUGGAUGCUCAUCAGGCGAUAAACGGUUACCACUCAGUGUGGAUGUCUCAUUGGCUGCACACAGAUUGUAGGUCAGCACCCACGAAUCGGAACCAUUCAAUGUUUGGUUGUGGAGUUAAAGAAGUCAAACAAGACAGUGGCUCUGAACAGCAUGGUUUAAUUGGCUGUUCAGAUGUUGUGGUUGAUAGUUCUGUGCGUCCUGGAGCAUUAGGAGAAGUAGGCAGGGGUGCAAGGGUUACUUCCAUCAAUGAGGCUGAAUAUGGAAAAUCAAAGAAGCCAAGCAUUGAUUCCAAAUCAUUUCCUAUAUUCAACGUUUCUCAAAAGACUGAAGGAAUUUUGUCAUUGAAGAAGGAACAUGAUAGUCUUUACCAUGGAGAAUGUAUAAAGUCUGAAACUAAAUCCUGCUCUGAAGAUGACAGUGUUUCUCCUAAUGGAACUGGCAUUCAUGUGCCAUCAGCAUCUGCACAUCAUCCUCCUAGAACUGAAACAUCAGUUAGAGAGCAUUGGUUGUUGUCUCAAGGAAAUUUACCUUCAGGUCUGUUGAUGAAAUCUCCAAAUGCAGUUGAACAGAAGAACAUAGAUGUUUCAACAUCACUAUGGAAUGAAUUUGUAAAAUCAGACUCUGCCGUUGUGCCAACUGUGUGUGACAAAGGAAAAGGUUUGAUGCCUGCAUUCACAUCUGGACACCAAAAAAUAUACCAGUCAAGCUACAAUGUAGCAACCCAGGAGCAUAUCACCACUACUAAAUAUCACAGUUUUUCUUCUCUUUUAAUCCAUGAGAAGAAAAUGAGUAACCUGUUAGACCCGCAUAGAUCUUCCUUUUCAAGAUGGAUUCAAGAUGGUAUUGCUCAGUUACCGCGCAACCCGGGCGUUGAUGACAAUGAUGAUGAAUUGUGUUUUGUUCGCCAUGCGCACCACAACAUUCACAAUCAUGUUGCUGGUGCAAACAUUACAAAUCAGACUGCUUCCUUAAAGUCAACUAAACCUCAAGUUAUUUGUGGUGAAAGCUCCCUGCAAUUGCUUCAUGAUGGUGAGAGUGUGAAGACAACUCACCAUUUUCUUAACUCUGAAGAGACUGAUGCUAAUUUAUCUGACAGAGGUCAAUUCUUUAGAGAGGCAAUAGUGUCUUCCAAAUUCAAAGGAAAUUCUGUGAAGCUGGAAACUCUGGGGGCCUCCAUAAAGAGUUCAGGAAAGGAAAAUGUGCGAGAUCUCAGAAGUUCAACAACCCUGAAGAACGAAUCAUCUGCUGAAACAGAUGCCAUGGACAUUCAUGCUUUACAUGAGAAUCACCUUCAGGGUGAUGUUCCAUUGCAAACAAACAAGAGUUCCAAGGAUAUUCAAAAGUCACCCAGUUCUCAAGUUGCAGUAACUUCAGCCAGUGAGAAGAACAAAGCUAAAUCAACGAAUAUAGAACUACUUGACAUAAACCAAGAGCCUUGUGAGGAUCAGACUAUGGCAAAUCCGAUAGUUGAUAGGGAGACUAGUACAUCUAGAACCCACAGCCUUGGUGCGGAACAUUUUCUUCCCGAUGCAGACGAGCACGGAAGGUCAAUAUCUGGCAAUAGUUCUUUGGGUCUGGAUUCUAGUAGCAGAUGGGUUAAACGACUCAAGUUAUGCAGAAUGGGUUCUGCAUGUGGCACUGAAAGUGUAAACAUUGGAGAAUGUUCUUCACAUGAAAAAGUAAAUAAUACUUUGGCAAAAGCUGUUGAAGGUACUGAAGCUAGCAAGGAGCCCAGAGUUGUAAAUCAUGCCAAAGAGCAGAUGGUACCGGAUCCACCUACAGCAGUAUUAACAAAUGGCAAGUCCAGUUUUACAGAAGCGAAGAGAGAUGUCGAAAUCACACUUUCACAUCCCUGGAUUCAGAGAUGGAGUCACAAACAUUCUGCAUCCAUCAAAAAGAGGCACGAAUCAGUGGAUCCUCAUGAUCCAAAGUCUUCAAACAUAGCGAUAGAAGAGAUUCAAAAGGAGCAGUUUCCAAGCAUUGCUGCUAUGGCACUAAUGGGAAAGGCACUGAACUGUUUGAAUCCAUCCAAGGUUAUGAAAAAGGGACCGGUGACAGUUUGGAAUGCGAAGGGAUUUUGAAGUUGUUGGCCACCAACCUCUCCUACAAAAUCUGAGCAGUGCAUGCAUAGAAAGAUAUUGUAUAUAGGAGCAUGCAUUUUUCUGUUAUAUCUAUCUUAUGUUUAUGGGAAGUAAGUUGUUUUCAUCCAGGGUGAGGAGAAAUGUCUUUACCUCCCACGCCAUAUUUGGAAGCUAUGCUUGCGUUAACACUUUUACCUGUGUUAAGGUUUGAUAGAAUAUAAGGCUGAAGAGUUUGAAUAAUAGUUUCCUCACUCUGGAAUGGUUUGCAGCUUUUGGAGGUAAAAGUAAUUUAAGGCUAAUUACCUUUCGGAUUAUUUUUUUUUCGUAAAAAGCCUUUUUCAGAUAUUCCAGAUUGUAAAUAGGUGGGUUAUGCUAGGAAGGAACAAUGAAAAUGUAAAUAAAUAAAAGGUGGAAAACUGUGUGGUUAGCACAAUCUGGUCCAGGAUAGAAAAAGCACACUCUAUAUUCUUGUUACUUUAUUAUAUCCAUGAAAUUGUU